AUGGAAGCGAACUCCCCCUUGGGCUUCAGCUCCGCGCCCGCUGCCGCGGGAGCCAAACCGGGCCCUGCCGCAGGGGACAGCCCCUUCGCCCCCGGCUCCGCACUCGGCUUCUCCCCACAAGGGAAAAGCCUCAACGGGGGCUCGAGCCCCAACGGCUUCCCCGCGCUGCCGCCGCCCGGUGCCGGGGGGCCGCUGACCCCCAGCUCCCCCCCCGCGGGCGCGCAGCCCCUGCGCUCCUUCGACUGCCUCUGGGACUUCUCCCCCUGCGCCGGCCUCAAGGACCCGCGCUCGUCCCCGCCGCCGCCGCCGCCGCCGCCGCCGCUGCUCCUCCCGGGGCACGGCCCCGACCUCCGCUCGCCCGCACCGGAGCCGUGGGGCAACGGCGGCGCCGGGGCCAUGGGGCUCAGCUUCGACUCGCAGGAGCUCUACGGCUCCUUCCACGAGCUGAUGCCCAACGGGGCCGCCGGGUUCUAUGGGGCCGCUCAGCCCUUCGCGGAGGAGCCGGGUACCGGCGAUGGAGGCGGCGAUGCGGCGGGCAAGGGCAUCCCGGCGGCUCUGGCCGCGAACGGCGGCGGGCUCGUGGGCAGCAUGGAGCUGGAGGAGGCGCAGCCGGAGCUCAAGAUGUGCGGCUACAACGGGGCUGCCCCCGGCGCGGUGGGGCCGGGGCUUGGGGCCGCGUCUCCCCUCGCCCCCCGCCUGGACGAUGCCCCCAUCCUCAGCGAGGACCCCCUGGAGCCCUUCGGGGCGCUGGGCGCAGAUGCCGGCGCCGGGGAUCUCUAUGCCAUGGAUGCUGCGCAGCUCGUGGGGGACAAAUCCCCCCUUGGGGACCCCCCCGACCUGCACGAUCACGAUGGCCCCUUCAGCCUCCUGGCUCCCCCGCUGCUCGCCGGGCCCGGCUCCCCCGCGCUGCACGAGAGCAGCGUGGACCUGAACAGCAGCAGCCACGUGGGGCUGGAGGAGUCGGGGUCCCUGGAGCUGGACCCCACGGUGGGGACCCCGGAGUCCCCGGCCCCAUCCGAGGAGGAGGAAGAGGAGGAGGAGGAAGAGGAGGAGGAGGAGGAGGAGGAAGCCGCCGACAGCAGCCCCGAGGCUCCCUCCGCGCCGGGGGCGGCGGCGCUGAGCUCCUCAGCAUCAGGGGAUGCCCCUCGCCGCCGCAUCGCCACGCCGGAGGAGGUGCGCUUCCCGCUGCAGCGCGGGUGGAGGCGCGAGGUGCGGAUCAAAGGGAACCACCGGUGGCAGGGGGAGACGUGGUACUACGGCCCCUGCGGGAAGAGGAUGAAGCAGUUCCCCGAGGUGAUCAAGUACCUGAGCAGGAACGUGGUGCAGGACGUGCGCCGCGAGCACUUCAGCUUCAGCCCCCGGAUGCCCGUGGGGGACUUCUAUGAGGAGCGGGAGACGCCGGAGGGCCCGCAGUGGGUGCAGCUGAGCCCCGAGGAGAUCCCGUCCCGCAUCCAGGCCAUCACGGGCAAGCGCGGGCGGCCCCGCAACGCCGAGAAGCCCAAGGCCAAGGAGGCGCCGGCGGCCAAGCGGGGCCGGGGCCGCCCCCCCAAGGCCCGGAUGCUGGAGCUGCUGAGCAAGACGGAUGCGCGGCUGCUCAAGAGGCUGGAGGCCCAAGAGGUGCUGAGCGACGAGGACAAGCUCAAGAUGAGCAAGAUCAAGAAGAAGAUGAGGAGGAAGGCGAAGAACAAGCAGAAGCAAGAAGCCAAAGCCCCCAGAGCGAAGGAGGCCAAGAAGAAGUGCAAGGCCAAGGAGAAGAAGGGCAAAGCGGAGAAGGGCAAAGACAAAGCCCGAGCCAAGGAGAGGAAGGGCAAAGGCGCUCGCAGGGCGGACAAGGGGCUGGCGGCGCAGCGGCGCCUGGAGCAGCGGCGGCGGCAGCAGCAGCUCCUGGAGGAGAUGAAGAAGCCGACGGAGGACAUGUGCCUGGGGGACCACCAGCCGCUGCCGGCGCUGUCGCAUCCCGGGCUGGUGCUGCCGGGCGCUGCCUUCUCGCGGUGCCUGGCGGUGGUGGAGUUCCUGCAGAGCUACGGGCGCGUGCUGGGGCUGGAGCCCGGCCGGGACGUGCCGAGCCUGAGCGCGCUGCAGGAGGGGCUGCUGGGGCUGGGCGACAGCGCGGGGCGGCUGCAGGACCUGCUCGUGAGGCUGCUGCGCGCCGCGCUCGGCGACCCCGGCCUGCCCCACUACUGCCAGUCCCUGAAGAUCCUGGGGGAGAAGGUGGCCGAGAUCAGCCUGAGCCGCGAGACCGUGUCCGAGGUCCUGCGCUGCUUCCUGACUGCGCGUGGGGCGGGCGAGGAGCUCUGCGGGGGGCUCAGGACCAAACCCUUCCAGGCGCUGCCCCCGGCCACCCAAGCCUCCAUCCUGGCCUUCCUGGUGGACGAGCUCAACGGCAGCGCCCUCAUCAUCAGUGAGAUCGACAAGAGCCUGGAGAGCAUGGCCGGCUACAGGAAGAACAAGUGGAUCAUCGAGGGGCGGCUGCGCAGGCUCAAGGUGGCCCUGGCCAAGAGAACCGGGCGGCCCGAGUCGGAGCUCCCGGGGCUGGAGCCCGGGCGGCGGCGGCGCAGCUCCCGCCUCAGCGAGGACCCGGCCCUGGACGUGGACGAGGAGGAGGAGGAGGAGGAGAAGCGGGGCCGCCGCUCCCGCAGGGAGGACGAGCUCGACGCGUCCGGCUCCAGCAUCCCCGAGCUCGAGCGGCAGAUCGAGAAGCUGGCCAAGAGGCAGAUGUUCUUCCGCAAGAAGCUGCUCCACUCCUCGCAGACGCUGCGAGCGGCAUCGCUGGGGCAGGACCGGUACCGGCGGCGCUACUGGGUCCUGCCCCACUUGGGCGGCAUCUUCGUGGAGGGCGCGGAGGCGGCAGAGCCGGAGCCCCCGCAGGAGGAGAAGGUGCCCCCGGUGAAGCCGGAGCCGGUGCCGGUGCCCGUCGCCACCCGGGUGCCCCCCCCGGCAUCGCGGUCCCGGGGCCGGCCCCGCAAGAGCAAGGAGGAGCUGCCCCAGCACUGCGGGCCCCGGCCCCCGCCGCCCCUGCUCAAUGGGGCGCUGGAGGAGCCGCUGGCCGUGGGGCAGAGCCAGCACGACCUCAGUCAAUCGGCGUUCCUGUCCUGGCUCAGCCAGACCCAGGCCUCCCUGCUCAAGGGCUCCGUGCUCACCCCCGACAGCAGCCCCGGGAAGGGGGACCCGGGGCUCCCGGUGCCCGAGGCCCCAUCGGACCCCACCGAGGAGGAGGAGGAAGAGGAGGAGGAGGAGGAGGAGGAGGAGAGCGCCCCGGAGGACAAGCGGGGGCCCUGGUUCCCUGCCCGGACCCGCACCCCCGGUGAAGACCGAGCCCCCCUCGCUGCCUCCUCCCGUGCUCAGCCCAAGGGCACGGCCCGGCAGCUCAACGGCCUCCCCACCGACGACCCCACGGCUCCUUUGCUCGCUUCCACUCCGGUCCCCGCCGGCACCCGGACCCACGGCGCCUGCCCCAGGAGCCGGGGCAGCCUGGAC